CCUACGUACCGGAAUUCUUCCGUGCAAAUCCCGUAUGGACCAUGGACACUGCGGUAACUUUGUAAUGAGUCAACAGAUAGAAAAACACGGGAGUUAAGACUUAAGAUACGACAACCAUGUGGUGGCUGCUGUGGGUCCUGGUGGCCCUGCUCACUCUCUUCUCCUGCCUGGACGUGUGGUACUUCCUGCGGGCCGCCGCCGUCCUCACCCGGGCCUGGUUCCAGACCCCCGUGUGGGACGUCACCGCCGAGCAGGUGGUGGCGGGGCGCGUCCUCCCCCGGGACAUCGACAUGUGCCACAUGAACAACGCCCGCUACCUGCGGGAGUGUGACUUUGCCCGCUUCUCGCUGUACAUGCGCAACGGCGUGUUCAAGGCGCUCCGAGCCCUGGGGGCCAGCAUGGUGGUGGGGGCCACCACCGUCCGCUACCGGAGGGCCCUCUGUAUCGGAGAGGGCUUCGAGCUGCGCAGCCGCAUCGUCACGUGGGAUGAAAAGUCUUUUUUCCUAGAGCAGAGGUUUGUCUCCACAAAGGACGGGCUGGUGUGCGCUGUGAUGUACUGCCGGCAGAACAUCAUCCGAGGCAGUCCCGACAAGAUCAUGCAGCAUCUAUGCAAGAGGAAGGUCGAGUGCCCUGAGUUUCCAGAAGACCUUCAGCAUUGGGUGAACUUCAUCUCAGCCAGCAGCCAAGCCCUCAGAGCAGAAGGGGGACUGGAGGACAAAAACAAGUGAAGCAGGCCAUGAACCCUUUUUGGAAAUGGAGACCAAUUUUUCUACGCCUUCUAUUUUGUGAGCCAACAUUCUCUUAUGAAAAGGAGAUGUAGCUGCGGUUGGACGUGGUCAGCCGUGGGGCUUCUGUGUGACACUACAAUGUGAACCCAGUUGUGCCUUACCUUUUGAUUAAAAGCUUUUUCUUG